GCAGCUGCGAUCAACCCUUUCAGAGGUUUUUGUACCUCUCCCAGGGACGGUCUUCUGUUUUAGCUAUGCCUUUUACCCUAUGUAACAAUUAAUGGAAACACUAAUAACGAGUUUAACAGGUCUCGUAAAUGGUCGCCCUUUCAGCCUUCAUUUAGAAAACGACCCUUGCCUGCCAAGACACUUUACACCCAUACUAUCAAUAUGAGUGAUCAGGUUGAUCACAGAUAUAUCACACAACAAAUCUUCCCUUCUACAUUCAUUAUGACCUCAAUUUGCUUUCCCAGUCGUGGGUCAAGAAAAGAAACAUAAAGAGUAAUUCCCACCCCUUCUGUACUUCCUCUGAUUUCCUAUAUAGGUGUCUUUUGAACCCGUACCCCUAAUUGCUACCUGUUUCUCUUGCGGAGUUUACUGAAGACAAUUACUAGCUGCUUUUGUUUUGAUGGAUAUUGAAACAGUUGGGCAGUUGGAUAACAUGGAAGACAUCCCUGUUCUGGUGGCAGAGUUACAACCUGGCAGAGCACAGCAGUAUGACUGGAAAUCAAGUUGUGAGACCUGGAGUGUUGCUUUUUCUCCUGAUGGAGAAUGGUUCGCAUGGUCACAAGGACAUGGUAUCAUCAAGCUCAUUCCCUGGCCACUUGAAGAAAACCAUUUGCAACCACAAGCCUAUGGACCAAAAAGAGGAUGUUUUAAGGCUUCAGAAAUCAAAGGAAGAGGAAACACAAAAGAAAAAAUACUAGACUGUGGUCAGAUUGUUUGGGGCUUGGCAUUUGGAUGUUCAUCCUCACCAUCUGGGUGGAAGCUUUGGCCAUACAGUAGACACCAACAUGCUGGAAGUCAUGGCACUUGGAUGCUUUUGGCAACAGGAUUAAAUGAUGGACAUGUUAAAGUCUGGGAUGUACAUACAGGACGCCUACUCUUCAAUCUAUCUGGUCAUCAGGAUGUUGUAAGAGACUUGAGCUUUGCUACCAACGACAGUCUGAUCCUUGUCACUGCAUCACGGGACAAGACUUUAAGAAUAUGGGACCUUCAAAAAGAUGGAAAACAGAUCCAAGUACUCUCUGGACACAUCCAGUGGGUGUACUGCUGUUCCAUCUCCCCAGACUGUAGCAUGUUGUGUUCUGCAGCAGGAGAGAAUACUGUUCUGCUUUGGAGCAUGCGUUCAUAUACACUUAUCAGGAAGUUGGAGGGCCAUAGCAACAGUGUAGUGUCAUGUGAUUUCUCCCCGGAUUCUGCUCUUCUAGUCACAGCCUCAUACGACACCUCUGUAAUUAUGUGGGAUCCUUAUACUGGAGAGAAAUUACGGGUGUUUCCGCAUGUUUCACUGCCCCCUGAGCUGGAAUACAGUGCUAUGGAGCCACAGCUUAGCUCUUUGAGGUCGGUUUGCUUUUCUCCUGAAGGGCUGUACUUGGCAAGUGUGGCAGAUGACAGGUUUCUCAGAAUAUGGUCAUUAGAGCUACAAAACCCUGUGUCUGUUGCACCUGUCACAAAUGGACUGUGCUGUACAUUUUUUCCCCAAGGGGGAAUUAUUGCAACCGGGAACAGAGAUGGACAUGUGCAAUUUUGGACAUCCCCUCGAGUACUAUCAUCACUCCGACACUUGUGCCGGAAAGCACUUCGCUGCUUCCUCACUACCUAUCAAGUUCUCGCUUUACCCAUUCCAGGAAAAAUGAAGGAUUUCCUUACCUACAGAACUAAUCUUUAGGCUUCUUGUCUGGAAACAAGGAGUAUGUGAUGGGGACCUCUUAGAACUAUUAACAGCACUUUGGAAUAGGAUUGCAGGUUUUCUAAAUAGCUUGUAUCAGGAUUUAUGGUCACCUACAACCGAUUCUUUCCUCAGUCAAAUACACCAGCAAAUCCUAAAUAUAUAUAUGAUAAAGGUCAUAUGGAAGAAAUGCAAUCUAAUUACAGACUACAGAAAAAUAAUCUACAAACCUACCAAUGCAAAUCGGUUGUGAAACAUGCCAUAACAUUUGUACAAAAAAUCAUUACCUAUUGCAUCCAUUUAAUGUUUAUAUUAGUCUUGAAAAAAAUUAUGCUGCAUAGUCACAAACUUCUAAAAUAUUUUUUUUUAUUUUUUGUUUCCCCCCAAAUUCUAGUGUUUUAAAGCCUUUAAAAUGUAUUUGUAAUUGUGCAUGAAACCACAAACUUAACAUUUCUUUCUAAAUGUCCCUGUUCUGCUUUACUAACAUAACUGAAUCUAUUGUUCUGUUGCCCUACCAUUUUUGUUUCACACUUGUUUAAGUUGAUACCUCUGCCAAAUAGUGGAGUGCUUAUAAAUCAUCUUUGCAGAGGAUUACAAGAGCAUCCAUUCCGUGAUCCUUUCAAUGUGAAUGAAUUGAUUAAAAAAAUCUGUUAUCAGACGCUCGCACUUAAAAUGAAAAGUACCAUAUGACACAUUGUUGCUGACUUGUUUUCUAAAUGUCACUGUUUGAAGUUUUAAACUAAUCUUACAUUUUGAAACCAUCCAUAAGAAACGGCCAUACAGUGUGUCUUGCAACACUAGAAGUUAAUAUUCAACUAUGAUCACACCAAGUAAUUACAAUAUAUAUCUGAAUUUUCUGCUCUAGUAUAUAUCAUUCAUAUGAAAGCAUACUUAAAAGGACAGUAACUAUACACCAAUUUACAUAGUCAUAUGCAAAAGUUUAGGCACCCCUGACAAUUUCCAUGAUUUUCAUUUAUAAAUAAUUGGGUGUUUGGAUCAGAAAUUUUAUUUUGAUCUAUCAAAUAACUGAAGGACACCGUAAUAUUUCAGUAGUGAAAUUCGUUUUAUUUGAUUAACAGAAAAUGUGCGAUAUGCAUCCAACCGAAAUUAGACAGGUGCAUAAAUUUGGUCACCCCAAAAGAAAUAUUGCAAUAAUAUUUAGUAGAGCCUCCUUUAGCAGAAAUAACAGCCUCUAGACGCUUCCUAUAGCCUGUAAUGAGUGCAUGGAUUCUGGAUGAAGGUAUUUUGGAGUAUUUGGACCAUUCCUCCUUGCAAAACAUCUCCAGUUCAGUUAGGUUUUAUGGUUGCCGAGCAUGGACAGCCCGCUUCAUAUCACCCCACAGAUUUUCAAGGAUAUUAAGGUCUGGGGACUGGGAUGGCCAUUCCAGAACAUUGUACUUGUUCCUCUGCAUAAAUGCCAGAGUAGAUUUUGAGCAGUGUUUUGGGUCAUUGUCUUGUUGAAAUAUCCAGCUCCAGCGUAACUUCAACUUUGUGAUUGAUUCCUCAACAUUAUUCUCAAGUAUCUGCUGAUAUUGAGUGGAAUCCAUGCGUCCCUCAACUUUAACAAGAUUCCCAGUACCGCCACACAGCACCACAGCAUGAUGAAACAUCCACCAAAUUUUACUGUGGGUAGCUAGUGUUUGUCUUGGAACGCUGUGUUCUUUUGCCACCCGGCAUAACGCCCCUUGUUAUGACCAAAUAACUCAAUCUUUGUUUCAUCAGUCCACAGCACCUUCUUCCAAAAUGAAGCUGACUUGUCCAAAUGUGUGUUUGCAUACCUCAAUGACUCUGUUUGUGGCUUGUGUGCAGAAAAGGCUUCUUCUGCAUCACUCUCCCAUAGGCUGAAUUGUUGAACGAUGCACAGUGACACCAUCUGCAGCAAGAUGAUGUAGGUCUUUGGAGGUGGUCUGUGAGCUGUUUCUAAUGACACGGUGAGCCCACGGAUCAUCUUAAUUACUGUUGGGAAUAUCACUCCUGACCAGCAGGAGGAGGCAAAGAGCACCACUGCAAAAGCUGUUAAAUACCACUCCCCCUACCCACAAUUCCCAGUCAUUCUCUUUGCUUGUAUCAGUUGCAAGGAUGGGUAAAGAUAGGUGUCUGAUUCUUCAAUCAAGAGUUUAUUUUUUAAGCAGAGCAAGUUUGCUCUGGUUUUCUUUGGGGUUUAGCCGUAGUCCAUGUCAGUCUCUUCAGUAGAGCAAGUGGUGGCUUUUAAGCAUUUGGGAACUUGUGGGGUAUAAUCCCACUGGGCCUCCCAAGUAAUUUCAUGCUGCCCUUGGUUGAAAGUUUGAGUAAGUUUACUCAGCCUUUUUUUUCACAGGUUCAUGUGAGGUAGGAAUCCCCUCUCAUACCAAGUGAGCUGUCCUGCUGCCGGACAGAUUUUUGAGGUAAGUGCCUAUUUUUUUCCCUGUUUUUGAUAUAGUAGAAUUUGGCACUUUGACAGUUAAUUCUGUCUAAAUAUACAAUCAGCCUUCUAGGUUAACUGUUCAUUGUAUGGCAGUUUUGCAGGCACUGGGGAUGUUUGGCUUCUUGUGGGGGGCAGACUCUCUUUCUUUGCUCAAGCUUGGGUUUGAGAUGUUCAGGAUCCCUGGGUGGUAGAUAUCGUGUCCCAGGGUUACAAACUGGAGUUCAAGAAUUUUCCUCCCAGAGGCAGGUUUCUUCUCUCCAGGUUAUCUGUAAACCAGAUAAAAGGAGAGACGUUCUUACGUUGUGUUCAGAAUCUUUCCGACAUGGGAGUGAGAGUUCCUGUUUCGGUUCAGGAACAGGGUCUGGGUUUUUAUUCCAAUCUCUUUGUCGUUCCCAAAAAGGAGGGAACUUUCAGACCUAUUUUAGAUCUCAAGAGUGUAAACCUGUUUCUCAGUGUUCCGUCUUUCAAGAUGGAAACUAUUUGUUCCAUUCUUCCUUUGGUUCAGGAAGGUCAGUUCAUGACCACAGUGGAUCUAAAGGAUGCGUAUCUGCAUAUUCCCAUUCACAGGGAUCCUAAGAUUUGCCUUUCUAGAUAAACAUUUUCAGUUUGUAGCUCUUCCUUUUGGUCUGGCAACAGCUCCCAGAAUUUUUUCAAAGGUAUUGGGAGCAUAGUUGGCGGUGCUUCGAAUUAAGGGUGUUGCAGUAGCUCCUUAUCUGGAUGACAGUCUAGUUCAGGCUCCAUCUUUUCAACUAGCAAACUCCCAUAUGGAGUUGUCUUUUCUGUGCUCCCACGGUUGGAUCGUGAAUUUAGGAAUAAGUUCCUUAAUUACGGCUACAAGAGUGGUAUUUUUGGAGACCAUCAGAGAUUCUCUAGAGAUGAAAAUUUUUCUGACAGAAGCAAGAAAGUCAAAGAUUUUCAAUACGCGUCUUGCUCUUCAGUCCCUUCCUCGGCCAUCAGUGGCUCAGUGCAUGGAGGUUAAAGGUCUGAUUUUUUGUCAUGGACAUCAUUCCAUUUGCUCGGUUCCUCUGCAGUUAUGUUUGCUCAGACAGUGUAACGGGGAUUAUGCAGAUCUAUCUCCAAAGAUUGUUCUAGAUCAGAUGUCCAGAGAUUCUCUUCCAUGGUGGUCUCAGGAUCUUCUCUCUCAGGGAACUUGCUUUCGCAGACCUGCCUGGGUGAUUGUAACCACGGAUGCCAGUUUGCUGGGCUGGGGUGCCGUCUGUGGUUCAUUAAGGGCUCAGGGUCUAUGGACUCGGGAGGAGUCGGUUGUUACAAUAAAUGUUUUGGAACUGAGAGCAAUUUUCAAUGCUCUUCUAGCCUGGCCUCAGCUAGCUUCAACCCAGUUUAUCAGGUUUCAGUCAGACAACAUAACGUCAGUGGCUUACAUCAAUCAUCAGGGAGGAAACCAGAGUUCCUUGGCCAUGAGAGGUAGCCAAGAUUAUUCAGUGGGCGGAGAUUCACAACUGUUGUCUGUCUGCUAUCCACAUUCCAGGGGUGGACAAUUAGGAAGCGGUUUUUCUGAGCAGACAGACUUUUCAUCCAGGUGAGUGGGAACUUCAUCCAGAGGUCUUUCCCAGCUUGAUUCUCAGUUGGGGGCAGCCCGAGUUGGCUCUCAUGGCAUCUCGUCAGAAUGCCAAGCUCCCGAGGUACGGGUCAAGGUCAAACGAUCUUCAGGCUGUUCUGAUAGAUGCUCUGGCAGUUCCUUGGACUUUCAGUCUGGCAUAUGUGUUCCCUCCAUUUGCUCUUCUUCCUCGGGUCAUUGCUCGGGUCAAACAAGAGAGGGCAUCGUUGAUUCUCAUUGCUCCGGCGUCGCCUCACAGAAUCUGGUUUGCAGAUCUGGUGGAGAUGUCUUCCCUUUCACUUUGGCGGCUUCCAUUAAGGAAGGACCUGCUUCUGCAGGGUCCCUUCCUUCAGCCAAAUCUUGUUUCUCUGAAGCUGACUGCUUAGAGAUUAAAUGCUUGAUUCUUUCUAAGCGUGGUUUUUCUGAGUAAGUCAUUGAGACUAUGAUUCAGGCUCGUAAGCCUGUGACUAGGAAGAUUUAUUAUAAGAUUUGGCGUAUAUAUUUGUAUUGGUGUGAAUCCAAAGGCUACUCGUGGAGCAGAGUUAGGAUUCCUAGGAUUUUGUCUUUUCUCCAGGAGCGUUUGGAGAAAGGUUUAUCUGCUAGUACCCUGAAGGGUCAAAUUUCUGCUUUAUCUGUUUUAUUGCGCAAGUGCCUGGCAGAUGUUCUUUCUUUUUGUCAGGCCUUGGUUAGAAUUCGACCUGUGUUUAAGUCUACUACUCCACCUUGGAGUCUUAAUUUGGUUCUUAGAGUCCUUCAACAGGCUCCGUUUAAACCUAUGCAUUCUUUGGAUAUUAAGAUGUCCUCUUGGAAGAUUUUGUUUCUGGUGGCUAUUUCUUCGGCUCAGAGUUUCGGAGCUUUCAGCCUUACAGUAUGAAUCACCUUUUCUUAUUUUUCACUCGGAUAAGGUAGUUCUGCAUACUGCCUUGGGUUUUCUUCCCAAGGUUGUUUCUGAUAAGAAUAUUAAUGAAGAUAUUGUUGUUCCUUAUUUGUGUCCUAAUCCUUCUUCUCAUAAGGAGUGUUUGUUGCACAUCCUGGAUGUGGUUCUUGCAUUGAAAUAUUAUUUGCAGGCGACUAAGAAUUUUCGCCAGUCUUCUUCUUUAUUUGUUGUCUUUUCUGGGAAGCGUAAGGGUAAGAAAGCUACGGCUACUUCUCUUUCUUGUUGGUUGAGGAGUGUAAUUCACUAGGCAUAUGAGACUGCUGGUCAGCAGCCUCCUGAGAGAAUCACGGCUCAUUCCACGAGGGCUGUUUCAUCUUCUUGGGCUUUCAAAAAUGGAGCUUCUGUAGAUCAGCUUUUCAAGGCUGUGACUUGGUCAUCUUUGCAUAAUUUUUCAAAAGUUGAUACUUUUGCUUCAGCAGAGGCUUCUUUUGGGAGAAAGUUCUUCAAGCAAUGGUGCCUUCUGUUUAGGUUAACUGUCUUGUCCCGCCCUUAUUAUCCGUGUCCUCAAGCUUGGGUAUUGGUUACCAACAGUAAUUAAGAUGAUCUGUGGACUCACCUUGUCAUUAGAAAGAAAACAUAAUUUAUUCUUACCUGAUACAUUUAUUUAUUUCUUGAAAUGGUGAGUCCAUGGUCCGCCCUGUUUUUCAGACAUUUUGCUUUUCUAUAAACUUCAGGCACCUCUGCACCUUAGAUUACUUCCUUUCUCCUUUCACUUUGGUGGAAUGACUGUGGGUAGGGGGAGUGGUAUUUAACAGCUUUUGCUGUGGUGCUCUUUGCCUCCUGCUGGUCAGGAGUGAUAUUCCCAACAGUAAUUAAGAUGAUCAGUGGACUCACCGUGUCAAGAAAUAAAUUUAUCAGGUACGAAUAAAUUGUUUUUUUGACUGUUCUCACCAUCCUUUGCCUCUCCUAUAUUUUACUUCUGGCCUUAACAAGAACUGUGCCUGUGGUCUUCCAUUUCCUCACUAUGUUCCUCACAGUGGACACUGACAGCUUAAACCUCUGCAAUAGCUUUUUGUAGCCUUCUCCUAAUGUUGAACAAUCUUUGUUUACAGGUUAUUUGAGAGUUGUUUUGAGGCCCCCAUGUUGCCACUCUUCAGAGGAGAGUCAAAGAGAACAACAAUUUGCAAGUGGCCACCUUAAAUACCUUUUCUCAUGAUUGGAUGCAUCUGUCUAUGAAGUUCAAGGCUUAAUGGGCUCACCAAACCAAUUGUGUGUUCCAAUUAAUCAGUGCUAGGUAGUUACAGGUAUUCAAAUCAACAAAAUGACAAGGGUGCCCAAAUUUAUGCACCUCUCUAAUUUCAUUUUGAUGCAUAUUGCACAUUUUCUGUUAAUCCAAUAAACCUAAUUUCACUACUGAAAUAUUACUGUGUCCUUCAGUUAUUUUGAUAUAAUGAAAUUGCUGAUCCAAACACCCAAUUAUUUAUAAAUGAAAAUCAUGGAAAUUAUCAGGGGUGCCUAAACUUUUGCAUACAACUGUAGAACUUCAUGUAAUAAGACACUACUAUAAAAAAGAAUAUGCACAGAUACUGAAGAAAAAAAAAUCUAGUACAAACCUUUUGAAAAUGUACUUAGAAGCUCCCAGUUUAGCGCAGUUGAUGAGGUUAGGCUGGGACACCCACUGAAAGGGGCUGGGAAAACAGAAACAGACCCCCCCCCCCACCCUGCAUAUGAAAUAACAGAUUAUACAAACAGGAGCAACAGGUAUCUGUAGACAACAGUAUUCAUCUAAAACUUUGGGGCUUGGUUAGGAGUAUGAAAAUCAGCACAAUAUUAUUAAAAAAAAAAUAUGCAAAACUUUACAUUUAACUAUACAUAAACACUCCCAGAGGGACUCUAUAAAUGGAACAUCUACAAAACAUUUAUGCAAAGAAAAAUCUAGUUUACAAUGGCCCUUAUACAUUUCCUUUUAAUUUCAAAGCGAGUUAUGUUUGUGUACAGCUAAUCCCUAAGAUUAAUUACUUACUGGGUGAGAAGGAAAACCUGCUUUUUUCUUUCUUGAUUCAGAUGGUGCAUACAACUUUAAACAACUUUCCAAUUUACUGUUAUUAAAUUUGCUUAAUUUAUCCUCUGUUGGAGAAGUAGCAAUGCAUUACUGUGUGCUAGCUAAACACAUGCCUCUUGUCAGUGGCUCAUCUAAUCGGCAGCUAGCUCUCAGUAGUGCAUUGCUGCUCCUUGCUAUGUGUGUGCUUUUUUAACAAAUCAGUAAAUUGGAAAGUUGUUUAAACUUGCAUGCUCUACCUGAAAGUUUAAUUUUGACUUUACAAUGCCUUUAAAUACUGUUUAACAUUUUACCUAGAAAACUUAUUCAUCUGUUUUAGUUGAUUUGAAAGGUGCAUUAAAAAGGAUAUGAAACCCAAA